CAUUAAGCGUGUAGUUAAACUCCCCUUCUUGAUGGCCUUUUCAAAAGAACAUAUACGAGAAUUGAACAAUCAAUAAUCGCAAAUUUCAGUAAAAUAACGCACAUUUGUUUCAUGUGAAUCAAACCUCGAGGAUCGAGUGAGCAGCUUUCAGAUGUGCAAUCGUUGACAACAUGGUGCGUUGGACAAAGCGCUCUGAAAAGAGCAACGCCGAGAUCAUGGACUUUGAGAACGUGAAUUCGAUGAAUAGGCAGUUGAACCUGAUCUCAGGUAAUCUGUUCCCAAUGACAGCGAACGGUUUCACGAUCGGCUGGAGGAUAUACAGCAUCGCUGUGUGGUUGCUCAUGACAGUCGAGUGCAUCGCAUUCUUCAGCGGAUGCGCGAUGGUGCCGAAGGAGAAGAAUAUAAACAACGGCAUGACCGUCAUGCUGUUCAACGUAGAGGUCUUUUCCCUGAUUACGCGAAUUCACGUAAAAAGAGGCUUGAUAAUGCAGUUCAUCCGUGGGAUGAACGACUCGCUGCGCACUCGGGACAAAAUCAUGAAACGCAUUGUGAUGAAGGUUGUACGGCAGAUGCAGACUCCCAUCAAGUUCUAUUUGCUAAUCGGCCAGCUGACCAUGACGAUAUGGAUCCUCCUGCCGCUCGGUGAAAUUGGCAAGAAGAGUUUCUUCAGUUAUGUGGAUUACAAGAUACCGAACGCCAUCAGCAAGCAACCAUUCUCGGCCAUGACGUUCGUGCUGGGAAUCAUGUUGACUCUAUUCGCCGAUGUAUACCUUCUCACGAAGAAACUCUCUUUGGACUCUUACGUGGUGCACAUGGUGCAGCUGAUGACGGCACAGUACCAGUACAUUGCGCUCAAACUCGCAGAGAUGUUUCAAAACGGAAUGUCAGAAAAUGACUACAAAGCUGAGAAUAAACAUCAGCACGAAAUUGAUCAACGGAUGAAGAGAGAAAUAAGAGCGUUGUGCCUGCGUCAUAACGGUGUAACACAGUCAGUAUCUAAACAACAUACGAGAAUGUGAAUUGUAUUAAUUAUUUAAUUACGAUACAAGUUCUUAACUAU